UUCCGGAUGCCAAUGGCGGCCGCGGCCGGCGCCGGCGAGCCGUCCCCGUAUGCGGAGGCGGAGAGAUCCAGCCUUUUGAGGGAUAUGUGGAGGGGGUGUCCGCCCCCGUCGCCGUCCCCCGUGGUGGGUAAGCCGCUCCCGUCCGGCGCGGUGCCGCGCCACUCGUACGUGUUCGACGGCGAGGGGCGGUUCGCCGACGCGCCGUGGGACGUGGCGGCGGCGGCGCCGUCGACGCCCGGUGCGUUCACGUGGCACCACAUCGAGCUCCCGCGGCAGCAGCGCGGCGGCGCGGCGGCCAAGCCGCUCCACCACGCGCAGGCGCUGAUCGAGCUCCUGUGCCCGCCGCUCACGCUGCAGGAGAUCCUCGCGUUCGUCGCCACGGGCCCGCACUGCGGGGUCGUCGACGGCGGCGGCGCGCUCCUGCUCCGCGUCAGCUCACCGGGCCCGCUCGGGAGCGCGUUUGCGCUCCGCCUCGCCGCGCGCGUCACCGAGAGCUCCGUGGUCACCGUGUCCGUCGGCGGCGUCCCGCGCCUGGCGUUCGGGACCACGCAGGCGUCGCUCCUCUCCGAGGUGCCGCUCGGGGUGGCCACGUCGCUCUCCGACGAUGGCCACGGCGGCGGGCGCGCCGUCGAGGGCGGGGUGGUCAUCGAUGAGCGGCUGCUCGAGUCGCUGCUCGCCAUGAACCACGCCGACGGCGCGCACACCGACAACCCUGUGCCGCGGACGGUGUCCAACCUCCUCGUGCACGUCCUCGGAACGCACGUGGACCACGUCCACGACAUUGUCACGCGCCUCGAGACGGAGCUCGACAGCAUCGAGCUUCAGCUCGACAAGGGUGGUCACUUUAUGAGGAAGCUUUUAUUGGAUGGAAGGAGAUUCCCGAAAAUGCAUCUUGAUCUACAGCGCCUACUUCAGGUUGUUUCUCAUGGUGACCAAGUAUUCCCCCGUGUAAAGGAAAAAUGUGCGAGCAAGAGUUGGUUCACAAGCGAAGAUGUUGUUGCUCUUGAAGAUUUGAUAGGUCGUCUUAGGAGGCUGAAGGAAAACCUUGGAUUUAUAACGAAUAGGGUAACUACGCUUCAGGCUAGUCUUGAUAGCUGGCAAUCUGAGCAGAUAAACAAAAGCUUAUACUAUCUUUCAUUUCUGUCCAUAAUAUUCCUUCCCCUUUCCAUUGUCACUGGAGUUUUUGGGAUGAAUGUUGGUGGUGUGCCCUGGACUGAGCAGAAGAACCCUGCAAACCGAGAUGGCUUCUUCAAUGUCAUGUUAACAUGCGUUGUGAUAUUGUUGGUCCUGUUACUUUGCUUUUUAUUUCCUUCCUUGUAUUCUCAUGUGUCAGCAUGGAGAACCCGUCGUGCACUUACCAGGAGCAGUUCUCAGAACAAAAGACAUCUGAAACUCUUUAAAGGACACAAAGAAGGUUACAUACGCCUCUGAGAAUGAAAUUGCAGUAUCACCCCAUCAAUGCAGGUUCUCCCAUUAUUUCUCAGCCCAUGGACUUUGCAAUGUACAACCAGACAGAAGGCUUUGCAAUAUGCAACCAUAGACAAAAUUUGUGGCGCGUAUUCUGGCAGAAAGCAAAGCUGAUAUAAGUUAAGUUUAUCGAUGCUGUUGUAACAUUAUUCUUUUUAAUGUAAAUUUUUCUAUAACAGUGGCAAAAGGAUAUCCUAGGUAGUCAUUCGCACGUGUACAGCUUUGUAUUCACAACCUCCACUGGAGGUUCAUAUAUUUUCCAUUGCUUAGUUCUUUCCUUUGUUUCUUGGGAAGCUUGUGAAUAUCGUGAUUGUUUCCCUGUAAACUUCAGUAAACUCAUUCUGAUUGAUUCCCUACUGUUCGUUAACUGUACACGCUAUUUUGAAUUUUUUUCAGUACCUUUAC